AUACUUUUAUGGCAAAUGCAACGUCUAAAGGACAAAUAUGCAUAAUACAAGAUGCUAUUAUCGUAGGGCCAAUUAUAAGAAUAUCAAUUUACAUACAAAGUCUUUUGACUAUUUUUAAAAGAAUUGUUGGUCUUGUUCUUGAAAAACG